CGGAGAUCCUACCGACCCCACAAAAAUUGGGGAAAAUUACCAUCUCUACCCGCCAUACAAUCAUAUCUUCUAAACACAAACACUUCAAAUUGCAACAAAAUCAAUCCUCAGUUUCUACAGUUUUGCAUCCAUGGCUUCCAAGAAAACUUCUUGGGCAUUUAUUUUGGUACUGGUGAUAGUGGCGGUGCUUGCGGUGGAUGUUAGUAGCACGAGCAUCGGCCAUACACCGUCGAGGAAAGUAGAAGAUUUUGAGUUCAGUGAGGCGAAGGAAAAGACAGAGAGAGCCAAGGACAAGGCGUGGGAGACAGGGAAAGAGGCAAAAGAAGCUACGGAGUCGUGGACUGAAUGGGCUAAGGAGAAGAUCUCCAAAGGACAAGGCCUCAAGCACGACGACGUUGUAAAGGAUGCUGCUAAGAAAACUUACGGUUCCGCUGCUACCACUGCUAAGUCAGCUUCCGAUUCAGCAGCGCAGACAGCCAAGAAAGCUUCCGAUUCUGGGGCCGACACUGCUUCCAAGACCAAAGAUGUGAUCAAGGACGCCACUUCUAGAGCUUCCGACGCAGCAGCUAAUACUGCUAAGUCAGCUUCCGAUUCAGCAGCUCACACGACGAAGAAAGCUUCCAAUUUCACCGCUGACACUGCUUCAAAGACGAAAGACGUGAUCAAGGAUGCUGCUUCUAGAGCUUCCAAUUCCGCGGCUCAAACUGCUACCAAAACUAAAGACACCAUUAAGGACACCGCUUCCGGAGCUGGUCAAUAUGGUGCAGAGAAGGCCGGAGACAAGGCAAAUGCAGCGACAGAGAAGGCAAAAGAGAUGAAAAAUUCAGCAAUGGGGAAGGCCGGAGAGAUGACAGAAGCUGCCAAAGAGAAGGCAAAAGAAAUGGGUAAUGAAGCAACUGACAAGGUUAGUCACAUGGCCGGAAUGACAAAGGACAAAGCAUCGCAGAAAGCUGAAGAAGCAAAAGAGACCGCCAAGGACGAAAUGAAAACUGAGAAAGGAGAGGCGGCGGAGCAACUCAAUUGGGCCAAAGAGAAGGCCAAAGAAGGGUACGACACAACGAGCCACAAAGCGGGGGAGAAGCGGGUAGAGACGGUGGAGCAGCUGAAUUGGGCCUAGGAGAAAGCGAAAGAAGGGUACGAUGAGAUGAAGAACAAAGCUGGGGAGACCUUGGAGUCUGCUAAGAAGUCACAGGAGAUGUUCAAAGAUAGCAUCUCCGGUACGGUUCGAGAUUCGGAGCUCUGAGUUUGAUAUAUAACCUUUGUUCCAGUCUUCAGUACGACGUAGUUUUUUCGGGGUUUUUUUUUUUUGU